UAUCCGGGAACGGUUGUAAUGGAUAUCUACACCUCUACUUUAUCACCUGCGCUGGACAUCGGCACAGGAUGUUACUUGCUGUUUGUGGCUGUGCUCUCCAUUAUUGGAAACCUUCUGGUUCUCAUCAUGGCAUACAAAAGAUCAUCAAGAAUGAAACCACCAGAGCUGCUGAGUGUGAAUCUAGCGGUGACAGACCUGGGAGCAGCUGUCACCAUGUACCCUCUGGCUGUGGCCUCUGCCUGGAGCCACCACUGGCUUGGAGGAGAUGUUACCUGUUUUUAUUACGGUCUGGCGGGAUUCUUCUUCGGCGUCGCCAGCAUCAUGAACUUGACCAUCUUGGCCAUAGUGCGCUUCAUUGUUUCCCUCAAUCUGCAGUCUAACAGGGAAAAAAUCAGCUGGAAAAAGGUGAAGAUACUAUGCUUAUGGACCUGGCUGUAUGCUCUGAUUUGGGCUCUGUUCCCUGCACUGGGCUGGGGCCGGUAUGGCCCUGAGCCCUUUGGGCUGUCCUGCUCACUCGCCUGGGGACAGAUGAAACACGAGGGCUUCUCUUUUGUCAUCUCCAUGUUCUCCUUCAACCUUGUCAUACCUUCUGUCAUCAUCAUCUGCUGUUACUUUGGCAUCGCCAUCAAGCUCCAUUUCACCUACAAAAAAUCGAUGAACAACUGCAACCGAAUCCCUAAUAUUGUCAAGCUGCAUCGGAGGCUGUUGAUAAUAGCUGUUCUGAUCAGUGUAGGCUUCAUCGCCUGCUGGGCGCCCUAUAGCCUGGUAAGCAUGUGGUCCGUUCUCCGUGACAGCAGCACCAUCCCACCUGAAGUCAGUCUCCUGCCGUGCAUGUUUGCAAAGAGCUCCACUGUGUACAAUCCCAUGAUAUACUACAUCUUCAGCCAGAGCUUCAAAAGAGAGGUUAAGCAGCUGCGAGGGAAGUGCCUGGGGUUUACUUCAUGCCAUGUUUCCAACAGUGUCAAUGACAAUACAAUUUACAUGGUUAGUGCUGACAUCAAGCCCAAAAUAGCAGCACGGUCUACUCUGCAGGAGAGUACUGUGUCAGACAUGGUAACUUUGGGUUGAAAAGACUUUGUUUUUUCAGGACAUGCUUCAGAAGAAGGAGGUUUACUCGUAAUCAAAGACUUUUGUGCUGUAAACUGUGGAAACAUUAGUGGCCUCAUAAUGUGUUAUCUCACAAACAUUAUCAGGAUAGAAAACACCUGUUUUUUCCAGUACAACUGGUGUGUGCUGUUGUAAUAUAACAAGCAGGGUAGUUCUGGUCUUUUUUUGUGCAUGGAUGAAUGAAAGGGCAUGUUUGCACAAUAUCUUAAAUGCUGUGAAUGUUCAGCCAACUAAGCUGUAGAUUAAAGUUAAAUCUGUUCUUACAAGUGGCUAAACCCUCUGAACCACUGUAGCCCAAGAAUUUACCACAGCUUUUAGUUUUCCCGUUUUUCGUGUAUUAUACGUGUUUACACGAUAAUACAGCAAGAUGUGAAAGAAGCAGAGAAGUGGAGGAAGGAAUGAAUUAAAGAAAAACAUGCAUUUAAACACAUCACAAACCAAAGGUUGUAAAGCAGAAUAUGACAAACUAUUUUGAGUACAGAAAACAGAAGAGAUGUUUACUGUAAUUCUUUAAACUUAAAUCUGUGAUGAUACUUGUUUGUUUGAUUAGAUUAGUUUUUUGAUUAUUUUUCAGACAAAAAAAAUCUGUAUUUUCAGUGUCAGUUCAGGAGAAAAAUUUACCAAUUAUUGCAUGUGUUAAACUUUAAGUUUAAGAUUUAAUCAUGUGACAUGUCAAAGCUGAUUGUGUUUCAUACAUCCGUCUCAAAAAAUGUUUACAAAAAUAACGAAUAUUGUCCAUGUUACCAAAUGGUUUCUCUGAAGAAGACAAUGUUACAUAGAUAAGUUCAAUGCUGUGAGUAAAUCUUUACACCCAUUUUGUGUAUUCAUAUGGAGUGUUAUCAUCUCUUAUAUUUAAAGGACUGCCAUUAUUUUAUGUUUUUAUUUCUAACAAAUUUGGACCAAAAUGAAUUUAUUCUGCUCAGUACUGUCAGGUACUGCUUCACCACUAGACUGGAGCUCACUGUAAUGGGAGUGUGUCACCUAAAUGCAAAAGUAUAGCUUCUUUCUUCCUUUUUGAAUAGUUUGAUACUUUGGGAAAUACACAUACAAGAGAUAGAUGAGAAGAUUGAUACCAUUCUCACAUCUGUAUGGUAAAUAUGAAGCUACAGCCACGUGCCAAUUAAGUGUACUCUGUUUUUAUACUUUGUAUUUUGGACAUAUACAGCAAAUGAGAUUUACCAUGUUAAUAAGUGAGUUUUACAGGUACUGUUAGACAGACUUUAUUACCUUAAUAAGAGUCAGGCUGGUCCUGUGUUUGAACUGAAUUGAACUGAAUUAAGCUGGCUGCAACAUAGCUUCAUAUUUAACAUACCGAGAUGUGAGUGGCACUGAUCGUCUCAUCAGCUUCUUGGCAAAAAAGCAUACUUCCCAAAAUAUCACACUUUUCCAGCAAAUGUUUUUGAACAUCAGUAGAGUUGAGCUUGUCUGUUCAUUGGUGACCCUGGAAAGAGCAGUUGACAAAACAGUCAUGACCCAGGCUUCACUAACUUGCCUGUUCUGGAGCUUUCAUCUGUAUCACAGUUCUCAUUAGCCGACUGAGUCCGCUCAGUUACCGUGAACCUUGAGACAUGGAUGAGAGGUAUAGAAAGGUCAUAGAAAGUUUGAACCUUUUCAGCCCCGUGGAAACUGGUCAGACUCUGCCUGCUAAUGAUGACCAUACAAUAUGGUCAAAAGCACAAGAACAAAUGACUUAGUGGAUUUUGAGGUGGGAUGGUGUUGUCAACAACAAUGGAGUUCUGAUGCACAAAGGAAUACACUGCAUCAGACUUCGGCCACAAUCCGUACUAGACAGUAGGAUAAGUUUAUUGCUGUGUUUGGCCUUUCAUGGGAUUUGUUAAUAAUAAAAAGAUCAAAUAAUGAGCUUUAUUUUUCAAAUCUUUUAUUUUCAACUUUGUGAGCACUUACGACUCUGGACAUCAAAGCUCUUCAGUGUGUGGCAGAUUUUCAUAUCACCAGGGCUUUAAUAAAUCCCCCUUGACUGUCUGCUGCCUGUAGUCAAAGCUGCGGUACAACAGGAUAUUACUGUAUGUAAUUCAGGGAAAAAAGGAUUUCUUUCAUGUCACUACAUCCUUCUGCUUAGCAGAGAUUUUUUUGCUGUCCUGCUUUAGCCAGGGAAUAUUUUCUCUGAUAUGCUGACACCUGCAAUUCCUCUCUCAAGAUUUUUCUUUCAGUGAGCUUGACUGAGGGGUAAAUACUCUAUCUGCUGUGUUGUGUAGUUUUUUGUUUGUUUGAUUUGUUUUUUGCACCUUGUAAUUACUGUUGACAGUGUUUCAUUAUUUUUAAAAUUUGUGAAUUUAGCAUCAUGGACUUUGAGCAUAUUCGUGUGCACAUCUAUUGGUCAUGCUUGAGAAUAAACACUGACUGAACACAGUAAAGUAUUGGACAAUGAAUGCACCAUGGUAAGGUAAUAAAACACGUCCAGCCUCUAUCAUGAAUCAAAAAGAACAACGGUGUUGUUGUGUUUAAUGAACACAGUGAUGCUGUGUAUUCUAGUCAGGCACGGUAACAACUGUGGGACGUGGGCAUGCAGUCGCCUUUAUGCUUUGUGGAGGAGCAUCUUCAAUUCUGACAUUUGAGAAUCUUUUCUCUUAUUCAUUUGCAGCCAGGGAUUGGGGCAUUAAGAAUGGCAACGUCAGUCAGUUUGUGGAAAACUCCAUUAAAAAUGUUUAAAAUGUCAAGGUCUACAUUGAUAUACAUCUCACAUACUAGAAUUUCCAUACUGUUGGUAUGCAGCAUGAACACUUCAGAAACAGCUAAAGUAUGAAAUCCUUUUGAGAAUAAAAUUAAAUAAGCUACUGUAAGAAAUGUAACCGCAGCAACGUGCCACAUCAAUCAUGGAAAACUCGUGACAUAUUAGAAACACAUCAGCCAUUUUGUGCUGUUUGUGUGAAUCAAAUGUUAUGCUGACAAUAGACAGCACCACAGUCACUGGCUACCUGAACAGACAAACCUGUGUAAACCAUAACACUGGGAAAAGUGAAACUCACCUUCCUGCUAUGCAGUAUGCACUAACGCUUUGCAUUCUCUUACCUUAUGCAUUAAUACUGCACUACAAUUUGUAAAUGACUACCAAUACUGGACACUGAAUAUAGUGUUACCUUAAGCAUUUGAAUAAAUAUUUGAAAUGAACUACUGCAGUGCUAAUGGCUUGGUGAGGUUGUAUUUAGGCAUGGCAGAGUUUAGGGCUAAAUGCUAAUGUCACCAUGCUAUUAAGUGACUUGAGGUUCUUGAAGAGUCUUGAGUCAUUGACCCACCAGGCCAUCAUGCAAGUUGGCACAUUAGUCAUGCCAUGAACACUUUGUAUAGCACCUUGAGACACCAUGACCAGGAUAACUGAGCAUCCUUAGACAUCCAAUAGUUGUGAUUGUUGAAUAGUUGAUAUUUCAGUCUGGACCAAAAUGGUGGCCCAACCAAACAACUGAAUGACAUUCUGGAGAAACACCCUCGCUAGAACUAGUCCUAUGCACCAGAGGAACUGCAGAGCGUAGGUCUUCAUAUAAACAUGGAACUAAAUAGAGUAAACUGAAGGGACAGCACUGAGGGGACAGAUAGUCCAUAAUGUCCUUCUAAUGUUAACACCCUAAAGGGUUUGAUUUCGAGCCAGAAAUACCCAAUGGGAACCUGAAAUGAAUGUGUCCACACAGUAUCUCCAGAGAAUGACAGAGGUCGCAGCUUCUAACGAGUACAUACUGUAUAUUCCACCUCCUAAGCCAGUUACUGCAAUUUUCUCAAUGUCAAAAUAAAUGAUAU